AACAAGAAACCUCUCUUCUUAAGAGAAAACACCAAACAUUUCUUUAGUUUAUUAUUGUUAGUUGUAGCUGUUUCAUUUAUUUAAUUUUUUUUUUAAUCUAUUGAAAAAGUACUGUCGCUUUUAAAUUGCAAUAGAAAACAAUAAUAAUGUCUUUCGACAGACUACCUGUUAUUACCAACAUGGACCGUUAUGCAUUCCUAGCUGAAUGGUUUGAACCGGAGUCCUUUCGAAUCAGAAAAUUUAUCCUUUUUUACUAUCCAAUUGAUCAUUCCAUUGCCUUGUAUGAUAUCGACUAUAAGCGUCAGUUUUUACGGAGGACCAAUGUUGAAAAUAUCACACCAGAAGAUAUGUUUGUGGGCAAUACGAUGAAAAUAUUUGCAAGACAUUUUAAAAUAACAGAUUAUGGCAAUGAUUACACGAGAAAAGUAAUGGGAAUAAAUAUGCAAAGGACUUUAGGUAUAAUUAAACCCGAAGCUCUAAAUCAAAAAGGUGCGAUAAUAAGAAUGCUCACAAAGCACGGUUUCAAAGUGAGUAAGUUACGAAUGUUGCACAUGACUGAAGACUUAGUUAAAAAACUUUACAGCCACCAUAAAGACAGUUUAUCAUUUCCUGCUGUGAUUGCCCAUAUGACUUCAUCGCCGGUUAUUGCAAUGGAGCUUUUGAACGACUAUGGAGUUUCCAAACUGAAUGAAUUAACUGGCCCUUCUAAUCCAGAAAUUGCUCGAACCGAAAAUCCAGAAAGUAUAAGGGCUUGUUUCGGUUUUGACGAAAUGAGAAAUGGGUUCUAUUGUUCUCCUUCCCAAGAAGAUGCCGAGCAUGAAUUAGAAACAUUUUUUGGCAAUGAUGCCCCUCUAAGCAGCACCACAACUGAUACUUGUGUUCUAGUUAACACCACUUGCUGUGUAGUAAAACCGCAUGCAGUUCGUGAAGGAUAUUUGGGAGACAUAAUAAAUUUUAUUGAGAAAGAAGGCUACAUGAUUACAGCAAUGCAAAUGUUUUAUUUAGACCAUGUACACGCAGAAGAAUUCCUUGAAGUCUACAGAGGAGUUUUAAAAGAAUAUCCGGAUAUCAUAAAUGAAAUGACAUCAGGCGGAUGUGUGGCUAUGGAAAUUAUGGGCCCAACAAAAGAAGAAACCCCACAGGACUUUAGAAAUUUUGUCGGCCCUUCAGACCCAGAAAUGGCUAGGCAUUUAAGACCUGAUACACUUAGGGCUCAAUUUGGCAAAACCAAAGUACAAAAUGCUGUGCAUGUCACAGAUCUUCCUGAAGAUGCAUUGCUGGAAGUAGAAUACUUCUUCAAGAUUUUAGUGUGAAUACAGUACAAUUUUCAAAUGUAAAGAAACAAAAAUUUAAUAAAUGAUGCAUAUCAAAAAA